GACAACGAACAUGUCUCUCAAAGACCGUGUGACGAAGAGAGCAAUACUAUGGUUGCUUAUUUUCGUUGGCUGUGGAGUGAACUACAUGAUACGAGCGAACAUCAACAUCGCCAUCGUCGCCAUGGUCCAGAUGACGACAGCAUCAGACGAAACCGCAGUCGCCAGCGAAUGUAUUGACGAUGAGUUCUCUCUGAGCGGAAACUACACCCUCAAUAGCAACAUUACUGUGCCUGGCUACAAUGUGUCUACGGAGGGACUUUCAUGGCCAUCACUAAACCGAAUCGUCUCGCAGUGGAUACCUCCUGACGACAGAAGUAAAUUUAUGAGUUCUUACAUGGGAAGUUCUAUCGGCACUGCUGUGACCUUCCCACUGUGUGGUAUGCUGAUCCACUAUCUGAACUGGCAGUCGGUGUUCUAUGUGACCAGCGUCAUUGGGAUCGCUUGGUUCGUCUUCUGGUGGUGGUUAGUGUUCGACAGCCCCGCUCAACACCCAACCAUAACGCAAAAGGAGCUCGCCUAUAUACGAAGUUCGCUUGGAGACUCUGUCUCUGAGAGGAAGAAAUUUUCCAUGCUCGAUGGCCAAUCGUUAAUUCAGCGUUUGCCGCCGACGGUGAGAGGAACUCUUAUCAUCACCGACCACACUCAGUUUUCACCAGACUCUUCUGGCCUAUAG